AUGUCUUUUGCAGUUUACAGCUUCCGAUUGACUUUCGCCAUGGCAGACGAAGAAGUUGUUGAUCCAAAGAAGUACCUUGAGGAAUCUUGCAAACCAAAAUGUGUGAAGCCACUACUCGAAUAUCAGGCUUGUGUCAAGAGAAUCCAAGGUGAUGACUCUGGCCACAAGCAUUGCACUGGCCAGUAUUUCGACUACUGGCAUUGCAUUGACAAAUGUGUAAGUUGCACCAAAGCUGUUUACGAAACUGAAAUGAAAAAAGGUGAAGCUGGAGGUGACUAUAUUGUCUUGAGUUUGCUUCAUGUGGUGGUUUCAAGAGAUGUAUAA